AUGAAUAGGAACGAAGAAAUUCUGUCCAAGGCAACGCCGGACUUUAUAUACAGAUUUUUUACAGAAACCAAUUCAGAGGAAAUCUUAAGCUUGUUAAACAAACAGGUAACGUUAUUAUGUUUCAGUCAAAUGAAUGCUGGGGCCAAUCAAGUUUUCCUAAAAGUAAUAGAUGGAACCAUUCCCCCUCAGUACUAUGCCAUUGUACACGUGGGGAUGGAUGAUGCAAGCAUGACGGCUACACCCAUCUCCUAUGUAAAAAAAUUAAUUAUUAUAGAAAAUUUCUCAAUCACAAAUUACUAUGGGAAGCUUUUCAUAUUAACAAAAAAAAUUAGAGUGCUUAUGAGCGUAGACUACUUUGACAUUGAAGACCUGUUUAGGAGGUACCAGUUACAAAGUAUUUCUUACCUCCUAAUGAACACAAAAGGUGAGAACCUCUCUAAGGAUGGGGGCUCUAGACCUACUAGUGAAUACAGCGUAGAAGGGCAACCCAGAACCAGUAGCAUGAUUUCUCGCUAUUCAGGUGAAUACGGGAAUGAGAGCAAAGCGAGGGAGUGUAAUUACUACCCCCGUGGAGGAAGCGCAGGACCCGGAGCAUCUGCACCCGCUCCCGCUGCAACAGGAGAAUAUAGUAAUAAUUCCAUUCCACGAGAAAGCUAUUCUAAAUUGAAUGAUCGUCAGGAAGGGGACAACAGACCUGACAACUACGACAGGUGUCAACGAGUGUCGGGAGAAAAUUUGAUGAGGGAGCCAAUGACCAAGAAUGGCAAUGCGGCAUAUGGGGAGAGACAACCCUACGGGGAUAAACCCCCUUACGUGGAGAGGUCGCCUUAUAGAGAAGCGACGGCUGGAAGGGACACGCCCCAAAUUUACCACCACGGCAGAAUGGCAGAAGAUAAUGGAAGGGGGAAGCAAUUCCCCGAAAGGUUGAGUGACCCCCCCAGCACGGACAAGUUUUCUCAUAGCGAGAUUUCCAUCAGUCGCGACUAUCUCCCGUACCGUGGAAACGAAUUGGAAAGGAAUCCUUCAGAUGUCACAUCCCCCUCGCAUCAGAAUUACCCCACUCCGCAAAGAGGGAGCCAGCCCUACAACAAGAGAAACAACACCACCGUGUAUGACCAAAGCAGUGCAAACAGUGCAAAUGGGCCAAAUGGUGCAGGUGGACCAAAUGGAGCAGGUGGACCAAAUGGUGCAAAUGGGCCAAAUGGUGCAAGUGGACCAAAUGGUCCGUAUGGAAAUAACCACUACAGUAACGGCAAGAGCAGGACGCAUAACAUUGCAGGGGAGGUGAACAACGGCAGAAGCGGAAGCAGUUACGACCCCGGAGUCGGCACCCCCAUGGGCUCAAGUGUGUACAGAGAAGAACCCCCCUUGGGGGAAUGCACUAGUAGAAGUGAACCCAAGGCGCGCGCGAGCAAUCCAAACGGCUAUAUGUGCGAGGGGGGAAUGGACGAGGGACCAGUUGGACCAGGAGGAGCAACCCUCGGGGAGUAUAAAGGGCGGUAUGCCCUGACUGGGAAUAAUCCAGACAAAGGCCCCCCCGAAGAUAGGAGCUAUUACCAAAAUGGCAGGGGGACCAGUAAUAUGAGCAAGAAUUCAAGCGGGGCGAAUCAGUACUACUACCCUCCACGUGAUGGAGAAGAGGGUAAUAACCCGAGAAGUGUAGACGACGAGGCGUAUUACGGAAGGUCGGGGGCGCCACAUAUAAAUGGCAAUGGACGUGGAAAGUCUAGUGAGAUGGGCACGAAAAUGGCGGGUGAGGGAAGAAAUGGUCCGAAUUACAAUGGAGAUGUGGCAAAAAUUAGUAGAAGCGAUGAGGCGAUACAUGGGAGGUAUGUUCCUACUGAGGGAGCAGCCGUUGGAGGAAGUUACAAUCACAGGGGGGUGAGCACUUAUGGUUCAUCUGGCACAGGAAGUGGAAAUAGGGGAGCACCAGAAUCAAAUAGAAAGGAGAGGAAUGAAAGUAUGGGGAGUUUGCAGGAUACGAAAGAAACACUAAAUGACAUGGAGGAGUAUUCAUCGGAUAGAAGGAAUGAUAGUAAGAGUAUGUUGAAGGAAAAUAGUUCCAGUAGGAAUAGCAGGAAAUGUGCACCCUACCAACAAGGAAACAAUCCAGUAAUCAAAAUUAACGACGGAAUUUUAAUGCAUAUAAAUAAGCUAUCUCAAUAUUCAUCCAAGUGGAUAAUAAAGGCAAGAGUUCAGUUCAAAGAUGUCGUGAGAAAAUACUACUCAGGAAAUAAAGAAGGAAAGGUAUUUAACAUCGAAUUGUGUGAUGAAGAUGGAGAGAUAAAAGUAAACUUCUUUGGAAAGGCAGUAGACAAAUGGUAUGACUACCUACAGUUGGGUAAAAUAUAUAAAAUAAGUAAAGGAUAUAUCAAAGCAGCGAACAAAAAAUUCACAACAAUAAAACAUGACUACGAAAUUACUCUAGAUGAAAAUUCAAUUAUAGAAGCAUUAGAAGAAAAUGAUAAUAUUCCCAAAUUUAUUUAUAACUUUACAUCUAUAGAGAAUAUAAAGAAUUUGAAAGUGGGUUCGCUAGUAGAUGUAAUAGGAGUGGUAUUUAGCUACCAAGAAAGCACCCAAAUAUUAAUCAAGAAAACAGGACAAUAUAAAGAGAAGAGGGAUAUUAUUCUUAUAGAUGAUAGCAAGGAAACUAUCAAUGUAACUCUGUGGGGAGAUCACGCGUUGAACAUUGAAGAAGGAUACCUAAAGGAUAAUAGUAUAAUAUGUUUUAAGAAUUUAAAGGUUGGAGAAUGGCAGGGAAUAAAGUUGGAGUCGCAUCCCAAAACCAAGAUUGAUAUAAACCCAGAAAUUGAUAGAGCCCAGAUGCUACAGACUUGGUGGAGAAAUAACAAACAGAACCUUUACAGCUCCGUCAAUAUAGGGUCAGGUAUAUUCCACAUGGAGUUACAAAAAACUAUUGAAGAAAUUAAAAAGGAUGUCAAUUUAGCUAAUGAAGAUGCUUUAUCAGGCAAAGGAAUUAUUUUCACAACCUUCGGUUUUAUCGACCAUAUUUAUAACUCCAUGCCUGUGUAUUCGGCUUGUCCAGAUUGCAAUAAGAAGAUGAUUUCAAAUGUCGUGGAGGAGGAAGAGGACGAUAUGAAUUCGCCUCAAAUGAUGGACCAAUCUAUGUACUGUUCUAAGUGCAAUAAAAAUAACACCCCCACAUAUAGCUACUUCAUAAACCUUAAGAUUACAGACAGCACAGACUCCUUGAGGGCCACAGCCUUUGCUGGGUGUGCUCGUACUAUCAUGAAUGGCCUGUCUGCUAACGAGUUUAUGGCCCUCAGACAAGAGUACGUAACGCAAGAAAAUAUCGAGAACUUCGACUUGAUAGAGAAAGCUAAAUUGAAUGAAUUCUUUUUCCGCAUCAAGGCCUAUAUGACGUCACACAUGGAUGAGCUGAAGAAAAAGUACACUAUCGUUGAUAUCGUACCGCUGAAUAAGCUGCUCGUGGACAAUUGCAAGUAUUUGAUUCGAUCCAUCCGCAGCUUGACGGAGAAGCAGUGGAGAAGUGAUGGCUUACCCGACGUGGAAGACAAAGUACAACCCGUUCAGGAAGCCCCUGCCCCCAGAUAG